CACCCCUCGGCCCCAACUGUGACGACAGCACGCGGUCGCGCUUGCCGUGGAAACGGCGCACCAAACAGCGGUGGCAAGCCGUUCGGCCGCGCUCGUCGUCGCGUUGCCCAGUCGGAGUCGGGGUGCACCCUGCCGCCACCCGCUGCCGCCGCUCGUGCCGUGCCCCUACCCGUCCACCGCUCCAGGAGGUCCCUACCUCCCGGACACGUCACCUCACCGACGUACCCUCGGCCCAUGCACAGUCUCUGUAAAGUGAGUAUGUAGUGCAUCGAUUACGCGGUGCAGCCGCAAUGCCGACCGGUCGCCGGGACGACAGGCACAACAGGCGGCGCCGGCGGCCGGCGAAACGGCCGGCACUGAGCCCGCCGCACAUAACCGUCACGGACACAGACGCUGAGGACGACUGGGCCGAGCCGUCGCGACAAGAAGUCGCCAUCGACGUUGAGGACGCCUACCAGGCUCGGCAGUCCCCGAUCGACGAGCUUGGUGAGGAGUCGUGGGCCGACAACGAGGCGGAAGAGCCGAGCUGGCGCGACUCUCCGGGCGACGAACGGCGGAUUGGCGAGAGGAGUCGUGGAGAAGAGCGGGAAGACGAGAGGAGUCGUGGAGAGGAGCUCUCGAGGACCGCACUGACAGAAGAAGAGGAGAUGUUGCUACAAACUGCGGUGCCGUACGGUGCCAGGAGCAACACGCCUAACGAGUGGGGCUUUGGACACUCGCGGGCAGCCUCGCGAGCUGAAAGUGCCGAUGAGGAAAUCCCGGAAGAGCUUGACGGAAAGUUACGGUCGCGCUCGCGGUCACGCUACAAGGACGUUGCGCCUCGUGUGGAUUCGAGACGGAACAGUGGCAAUGUGAGCCACGCCAACAGUCUACAGGACCUCAGUCAACGGCAGGAGGUUCACAAGCGUGACAGCUUCGCCACCACCCGUCAUGUCAGCCUGGACCUCAGCCCGCGACCGAGGAGUGAGGAGAGAGGUAGUCGUCGGCGACGAUCCCGGUCCCGGUCCAGAUCUAUGUCCCGGCUUGCCAUGAAGAAAGAGGACACGGGCUAUGAGACAGACUAUGAUCAGAUCGGUAGCCGGUUCGCUGAGGUCGGGGAGAAGUGGAGAGCCAAGCGUAUCAUGGUGUUCAAGAACGGCGACCCGUGGUUCCAGGGCUGGGAGAUGCGGUUCGUUCCCUCUCGUGACACAAUGGACAACAUCUACAGCAGGAUCUCGGCACGCUUCGGCUCGCUGGGCGUUCAUGGGUCGGAUCUGUCGUCCGGGAUCCGAUACAUUUUCACCACCGACGGCACACGAGUGAAGAACAUUGACGAUCUGGUGGAAGGUUCCAGCUAUGUGGCGUCACCUACCUCCAAGUUCCAGAAAGCGCCGUAUGGUAUGAAGCGCUCCCAACCAGAGACGGGCGACAUGAGUCCCAGAAAGCCUCGCCGACAUCGAGUCAAACCGCUAUCACCAGUCGUGAAGCGCGUGUUCGGCAAAACCAGCCCCGGCUCCGGACCCGGGUCCGGGUCUGGGUCCGGAUCCGGGUCCGGAAAACAUGGCGGACGGCGCUCCGGAGAUGGCUGCAAGAUCAAGAUAAUAAACAACCUGGACAAGUCGAUACAGAGCUACGUCCUAGUAAACCUGAAGACGACCCAGCGAUUUGAAGACGUUCUCCAGGACCUGGGGCAGGUCAUCAAAAUGAAAGACGCACGGAAAAUGUACACUACUUGGGGCCAAGAGGUGAAGAGCUUUUCUCAGCUACGAAAUGAUUUCUACGAGACAGACACAUUCUACCUGAGCAAUAGUGAAGAGACCACAGUAAGAGGAUCGAAAGUGACACGAGAAGAGUCACGGAACUCGCCUCCAAACGACAAGAAAUCCGGGAAAAUUUUGCGACGGCAUAACAGCGAACCUCUGAUUCAAGCCAAGGAUAAGAAGUCCAACUUAACUCGCAAACGGUCCGAGUCGGUGAACCGUUAUCAGUCCAACUCUGGGACCAAAGGAAGUGGCGGUGGGGGCGGAGCGAGUGACCAGGUCAAGGUCAGCCUUCUAGGGAAGGUGCGGACCUUCUACAAGGCCUCCAAGGACCAGCCCGUGCAGUACCUGCCGCCUGAGAAGAGAUUGAAACUGGCCUGGGUUUAUGGGUACCGUGGUGUGGACGCCCACCACAACCUGUGGGUCCUCCCCUCGGGCGAGCUGCUCUACUACGUGGCGGCCGUAGCCGUGCUACUGAACCGACACACGGACUCGCAGAGGCACUACACCGAACACUCGGAGGAUAUUAUGUGCAUGGACCUGCACCCAUCGCGACAUAUCGUGGCAUCCGGGCAGCGGGCAGGCCCGGGUGCCCGGUCUGCUUCCGUACGAGUCUGGGGCGUCGAGAGACUCGACACACUGCACGUCUUCGGCAGUCGGGAGCUGCAGAUGGGCGUAGCGGCCGUAUGUUUCUCGGUGAUGAACCAGGGGGCCUACCUGCUGGCGAUAGACGACGGUGACGAACACCUGCUUACCGUCUGGACCUGGCACAACGAGCAGAUCCUCGGCAAAGUCGCCACUCACCAAGAUCACGUGUACGGGGCCAAGUUUCACCCGAUGGAUAACAACCUCAUCAUCACGUUCGGCAAGAACCACCUGACCUUCUGGAAUAAGAGGAGGGACGGCAUCUUCGACUCGGUCGACGUCUUCGGAAUGUCGUCAGCACGCACGGUGCUCUGCGUGGAGUUUGAGCCGGGCGGUGACCUCAUCACCGGCGACUCGGACGGCUUCAUCACCAUCUGGACCAUCGACAACGACGGACAGUACUACAAACGGGUCGACUUUGAGGCGCACAUGUCGGCGGUGACGUCACUGCUGAUGCUGUCCGAGGUCACGCUGAUGUCCGGAGGGGAGAGAGACCGGAGGAUAUGCGCCUGGGACUCCAGUCAGGGCUACGUCAAACGGGCGGAAACCAAGCUGCCGGACGCCGCGGGCGGAAUUCGAACGCUGUGCCCUCAGAGGAGCGGUGCCAGCGACGGGAACGUGUACGCCGGCACCACCAAAAACAUGAUCCUCGAGGGCUCCAUCAUGCGACGCUUCAAUACGGUGGUGUUUGGCCACAGCAAAAACCUGUGGGGACUGUCAGCCUGUCACGAUAGUGACUGCUUCGUGACGGCCGGAUAUGACAGGCUGGUGGUCAAAUGGAGCGACCAACAUAAGGUCAUCUGGAAGGCACCGCUGAACAGCGAGGCGGUCUCGUGCGCCGUCCAUCCUCUGGAUACGGUGGUAGCCGUGGGUGGGAUUGACGGACAUCUGACCGUCUUCAAACUGAGCGACGGCUCCCAGGUCGGCUCCUUCCGCGUCUGUGGUCAGCCCCUCAGCUGUCUCAGCUAUAGUCCUGGCGGCGACAUGCUGGCAGUGGGAGCCCAGACGGGCAGCGUGUACCCGUACAAGGUCGGCAGGGACGGUCAGGUAUACGUCAAGUUCGGUCCGAUGCAGGGCUCCCAGCCGCUGACCCAUCUGGAUUGGAGCACGGAUGGAGAGUACCUGCAGUCAGUCACCAUCGACCAUGAGCUCGUGUUCUGGAACAAGCGAACUUUGGCAAGGGAAAAGUCGCAGCAUCAGCUACGAGACAAGAACUGGGCAACCUAUACAUGCACUGUCGGGUAUCCGGUCAUCGGCGCGUGGCCGGAGCUGCACUACGACCGGCAGCAAUCCGUUUGGACCGACAGCUACGCCGACUCGCGAAAGGCUCGGGUGCUGGUGUCCGCGUGCCGAUCGCGAGAUCACGACCUGCUGGCUGUGGGAGACUCCGAGGGUUCUGUUCAGCUCUUCAGGUACCCGUGCCCACUGAACGUUCAGGAGACGGCCCAGUGCCACAGUGUCAAGCCACAGAGCUCCUACGUGGCUAACAUCAAGUUCCUGCGCAGCGGCCGGCAACUGGUUAGCGUGGGAGGCACGGACGCCACCGUCCUUCAAUGGAGGCUCCAGUAGAGGCUAUCGACCCUUUGAGGGUCGGGAAUCUCUACUCGUCAGAGGCAUCUACAUUCUACCAAAGAUAUCCUGUACUGAUACAACAGGAGGCCACAAAAGAGACUGUCGCAGAGAAUGUAGGAAAUUCGUGGAUGGAACAGGAAUGGUUGACGGACCAGCGAAUGCCGAAACUGAAAGCGAUGCUGAUCCAAUAAUGUAGAGCACGGAUCAGUUUUUUUCAGAGUGCUGUGGUGAUACCACUGACCACAAUGUAGGCAAUCGCUGACUUCUAUGUAUACUGAAGACAUCACUGCGACUGCGGAAACAGAGAUGCACGGGUGUAUCAAGUAGACAGCAAUAACAACCAAUAAGUCAGCAGUAGAUGUCCCGAUGACAGUAGCUAGAUGACGUACGAUAGUUUAUCAGAGAAGUUCACUGAGGCAGCAGUGACAGAAAGGUCCGUGCGACCUUAAAUGUGAUAUCCGUAGAAAGUAAGUACUGCGAUCAGUGCUUGUAUGAGCUCGUGUGUACUUUCAGGCAGCAAGCAUAGCGGAUUGGUAGUUAGUUUGAAUUGUAUAAAUGCCUUUAAUUCAGAGCGGAAGGGACUGUGUGAUACUGUGGUUACUUUCAAUGAAUUGUUUGGGUGGUGUGUGUCAUUUAAUGCGGAUCAUUGCUUGCAACCAUUGCUUAUAAGGUGCGUUGUUUUCAAUCUUUUGUUCACGUUUUGAUGUGCGUGUUUUCAUGUGCACGAUUUUCAGAGUGCUGGGCAUGAUAAUUUCGCAACCUGUUUGUCCAUUCCAUUAUUGACCUAUACAGUCGGCUGAAAAUGGCUUGUUGUCUGCGUUCAUGAUAUCUAAUUUAGUUUCAUUUUUUACAGAAGUCGACUUUUACAAUUUAUCUGAAUGAUACACGAGUUCACAUCGUAGCUCUUAGGCUUGUGUAUAAAAUGUACUAGUAAAAGUGGCUGCUAGCCAGCUGCGGUCGAUACCAGCAGUGAUGGUAGGAACAACUUUGCAGUCAAUUGACACCGGCAGAUCCUUCGUUGGCGACUUUGGUGGCCUCGGAGGUGUGCGCCAUAAAGUGUUCUCGACGAGCUCACGUUUUGUUUGAGAUACGCGUUUUCGGUGCAAUUGUAAUAGAGAUUUCAUUCUGAGCUGA